CAAGAGGUUAGAAAAUUGUUUGUUGAAUAUGAAUUCAUAAUUAUUAUUGUUAUUCAAAAUGUUAGUCAUUUUAAUACGGUUUUAAAUUUAUUGCAUGUAGUGGCGCACGAAUUUUAGAUUUACCUCAUUAUGGCUACACAAGAUAAAUUAUUGAAGUCUUUAGAAUCUUUGAGAUCUUUAAUGAAUACAAAUUCUACAGCUGACCUCUCCCAAAGGAAAAAGGAAAAAAUUCACCAUUGCAAUAUCAUUACGGAUACAAUUGGAAACGCAACUAUUAGAGUUGCACCGAACUUUGACUGCUUACUUGGUCUAUGCAUUGAAGCACUUCUACAAUUGUGUGAUGAUCAAGAAUCAGAUGUGCGAAUGAUAGCCGACGAAUGCUUGAACAGACUAAUUAGGGCAGUAAGUGAUGGAAACAUGAGCAAAAUACAAAUUGAGCUGCACAAGGAAAUCAAAAAUAAUGGAACGCCUAGAAGUUUGCGCGCAGCACUUUGGAGAUUCGCAGAGUUAGCGCAUUAUAUUCGACCACAGAAGGGUAAACCGUAUGUUGCUAACCUUAUGCCUUGCAUUAUAAAGAUUAGUGCGAGAACUGAGGAGAUGGUGCAUGAAACACUUGCCGGUAGUUUUCCUAAGAUAAUGGUGACGUUAGGCUGUUUUACCACCGAUAAUGAUAUUAAGGCGUUAAUGAAGGCAUUUUUAAACAACAUCUCGAAUAGUUCUGCGGUCAUUCGAAGAACUGCUAUCACUUGCAUUUUGGCUCUGUGUCUAAACUGUAGAAAGCCAUAUGUUUUUGUGACAUAUACUUUAAACAAUUUGUUAGAUCUGCUCAUUCCUGUUCAAGAUGAUCACUCAUCGUCUUUAAUACUAGGGGUCUUGGGUUGUUUGAAGGUAGUCCUACCACACAUCAAAAAUUGUAGCGGCGACCAGGAAAUUAAAGACAGUUUCGGUCUGCGCAAGGAAGUGAACGAAACACCUGUAGCAGUAGAUAGACUUCUUCAGGUGUACGAACUCUGCCUUUAUUACUUGCCACACGAGGACCACAAUAUCACCAAUGCAGCAUUAGAAUCGUUAAACGUGCUGUUGCAAAAUUGUUCGUCUAAUCUAAAAAGCGUUUUGACAUCUCCAACUGGUAUUAAUAAAAGUAGAAUAGUUCUCGAUUCUAACAUCAGAUCGAAGCCGCGAUCACCAAGUCAGAUGAGCGUUGCAACUCCUUUGUCGGGCGAUGAAAAUUCCGAAUCAGAUUUGCUGGAUUCGUUACGGCCGGAUAUUGAAAAAUGGAUUGACGAAUCUAAAUUGUCCGUUAUGAAUAUAACGUACGCGAAAACAAGUGAGAUGAUGGAUAAGACCUUGCAUUAUAAUAGUACUGAGUUGGCCGGAGAGGAGGGGUUAGGAACAUCGAACUACAGCAACAUUGAUAUCGGGAUUAUAACUGACGAUAGUUAUGAUUCUAUUAAAAGGGAUAAAAGUAUUGUGGAAACUUUUGAUAAGAUGGAUUUAAGUGAUACGUCAACCGAUGAUCAUAGUUUUGUGCAACCUACUGAUGAUAAAAGUGUUGCCACUACUAGCGACGAUUUGUAUCAGGAAAUCGACAUCGGAAGUUUUCAAGAUGCAGACGUUCCUUUAUACCACUGUGUGAGAUUAAUCGCAAAGUCGUUUUUAUUGACUGGAGCUCCACAUACAACAAUAUCUGACAAAAAAGUGCGCGUUUCUGUGAAAUCUUUAUCCUUAUCAUGUAUAUCGACUAUAGUUGAAAUUUAUCCUUCGGUAUUAUUAACAUAUUUGGAUAAGAAUUAUAUCAAAAUCCUGUCUCAAAAACAAGCUCUAUCGGACGUACUGCUGUAUAAAGAUCACACUGAUCCUCAACUACGAGGUGUUGUGCGAAUUAUAAUUGGAAAAUUUUUAAGAUCGGUGAUCCUCGGCAGCGGUGACCAAUACCAGCUUUGGAUAAAUCAGAAUAGUGCCCUUGAAAGUAACGAGGAUUUUGAAAUAAGUAACCUAGUCAGUAUUCUAUUGAAAGGAUUGGAAGACGAAUCUUCAAACUGUUUACGUCAAACAUUGCAAAGCUUGAACGUUUGCCUGAAAUAUUUGUUAGAAUCAGAAACUAACGCUGUAAUUAAGCCCAUUUUAGAUGCCCUACCGCGUGUUGCGCAGAAUCCGUAUUGGUUAGUAAAAGUUAGUCUACUCGACAUUGUUACCAACAUUUACUACGUUACCGUGCACCACGUAAUCGGCUCUUCCGAAUUUCAAGACAAGAUCCUGCACAAUGUACUGUUUGAGUUGCUUAAGUACGACAAUCAAAAAGUUCGUUCUGCUUGUUCUUCGGCUAUAGUGCAAAUUAUUCCAUUGUUAUACUUCAAACAAAAUCUUCCAAAUGAAAGCACCACUACCAAUAAAGCAAAAUUCUUCAAGAAUGUAUAUUUCUCCAAUUUGUUUAGUUACGGAAUUGAGAUGAACUACAAUCAAAAACGUCUAUUACUAAACAUGCCCUCUCCCUUCAGUUCUCUUUGUGAGAGUGCCGUAGAUUCAAUUAGCGACUCGCUUUCCAGGAUAGUAUUAAGUUUAAUGAAUUUUUUGCUGUGUCCGGUGUCAAAAUUCUUUAUGUUUGGAUGUGUUGAAACGUUGUGCAUGUUGGCCCACUCCUAUCCACCAACACUCUACCCAAGCGCUUGGGGCUGUUUUCCUAUAAUCUCCACUACAAAACAAGAUCAAAACGUGUGGCCCAUUACGAAUAGCUCCGGAAAAGAGCUAUGUCUUAGUAGCUCAAUGGAUGUCUUUCGUGGGUGUGUAAGUUUUUUGUGUAACAGCACAAUGGCUUACGAUUUAAAAUGUCAUUUGAAUCUGCUGAAAUUAUCCGGAAACCUAAUUUGCGGUUUAUGUUUGCCCAAUUUGAAACCGAAGACCGAAAUAAACGAGGAGGAUACACAGUCAUUAUGGGAUAUGUUUACAGACGAACAUCUGUCAAACUUAACCGAACAGUUCUUUGUUCACAUACUGAAAUUACUAAACAUUUUUUAUCACGUCAUCGAGGAAAUUUCUCCUCAUCACGUGCAAAGUAAGCCGGUACUUGGAAAUCUACCAACGUCUACUUUGUCUCCUAUCAAAAGGCGUAAGAGUGAUUUGGGUGAGAAAUACAAAAGCAUCACUCAAGGCCGAAAUGCCGAUAAAGAAGACAAGUUAGAUAAAAAAUUGGAAAACGUUAAGCUGAAUUUAAUGGGUCAGUUCGCUAAUCUACCGCAUUACUUAAAGCUGUACGAUCUAUUAAAAACUUCGUAUUCCAAUUAUAAGACAACUUUGGACACGGAGGCCUCCGAACAAUUUCUUGAACUAUUACGAACUACCUUACUGGCAUUAUCUCAACUUCUGGAAAUAGCGGGGCUCUUCGAAUCAGGUCGAGUAUCCGAGGAAAUUCUCAAUUAUUGCUGCUGUACAUUCAAUCUAGAGCCGUCGUAUACCGUGGAAUGCGUCCAGCAGCUGCUGAAAAGCUUAUUUCAUACAAACUUAACCGGAAAUAUUACGAACAUUGCACUUCCACAACAAAACGUAGAGGAUGGGAAUUACUCAUUUUACCAUACCAUCUUUCGUAAACCAUACACUGAUAUUUCAGUUUGUAUCAACGGUUUUAAUAACUCGAGUAAAUUAAACUGCGACGGCGAUAGCGUAGUUAUGGGCUAUUUACAUCGGAGGAAUAGCAAAAAAUCCUUAGGUUUGCCUAGGGGAGCAGAUUCAAUUUUAGCUAGUUAUAUUAGACUUUUCGAGCCAAUGGUGAUCAAGUCAUUAAAGCAAUAUACCAUUACAAGUAAUGUCAGAGAUCAGUGCUGCGUUUUACAACUGCUGUGCCAAUUGGUGCAGUUACGCGUCAAUUAUUGCCUCCUAGAUUCCGAACAGAUAUUCAUCGGGUUUGUCUUGAAGCAGUUUGAGUACCUUGAAGAGGGCCAGAUACCGUUCGCAAACGAGCUCAUACCGCAAAUAUUUAAUUUUCUCGUGCACUUGUCGUACGGUAAACAGCAUUCGAAGAGCAUAAUCAGCGUACCAAAGAUCAUUCAAUUAUGCGACGGGUUAAUGGCGAGUGGACAGCCACUGUUGACUCAUUGUAUUCCAGCGUUAGAACCAAUAAUUGAAGACAUCUUUUUGUGUCGAAAUAAAUCGAAUACGUCCGACUUUAACGAGUUGGAAACGACACGAGAGGUGUUGCUCUCCAUGCUUCUGCGCCUACUGGAGUAUCCUGACGUCAUCCGUUUGCUAACUUUAAUUUUGAAUGAAAGCAAGUACUGCGAUAACAGCACAGAUAGGUGGUUGAAAUGGUCUCGACAGGUGUCUGAUGUCUUUUUACCGAUGCUGAGACAAAAUAAAAUAACGAUCGCUAACAAAAGUGACAUAAUCAGCGUUAGGAAAUUUGUGUACGUUUUGAAUCCCAGUGUGUUUAAACCGUUAAAUGAAGUCCUCUUUACAUUAUUUGAUGAGCCACCAUUAAAUGACAGCUCAUUGCGGCAAGUGAUUCGUUGGCUUGGAAAAACUCUUACUUUGUUUUUAGUCAUUUUGCAAGUUAAGGAGGAACUUUUGUUAUUAAAAAUCGUGGAGACUCAAACAGACUACGCGCCGUUAAGUGUGUUUUCUAAUGUGACCACAACUUCAGAUCCUCUGAAUGUUAGCAACACGAUCAGUUUGUUUAGUGACAUGAGUCCAGAGGCGGUUUUCGUUCGUUAUAUUUUCCGCAUAAUCGACCUUGCAAUUGACAGAUGCACUGAAGUAAUAAACUCUGAGUGCACACAAGUUGAACUAUUCUUAUUGGAAGAGAUUUCGAGCUUUCUUUUAGUCUGCACCCACAUCUUUCAAUCAGGUAGCCAUUGCAAAAUUGCAAACACCGCCAUUCACUUGGUGAACGAAGAGCAUAGUAGCAGCGAAGAACUUCCGAUUAAUCGUGUUAAUGCAAAUAUUAUUAGGCUCUCUCCAUUUUUUCCAACACUAACGAUCGAGUGGUGCUACCUGCUAACAUUGCUGAAUUAUAAUGAUCGAAAGUUUUGGUGUACCAUUAUGCAACUUCCGGAGAGUUACGGUAUUGUUAAUAAAUUUCAAGAUCAGUUGGUGGAACAGAAGUUAAAGUGUAUUAAUCUGGAAAUAGCUCGAAUUGGUGGCAUGAUAGCAUUCUGUGAUGGUUACGUGGAUGAGAACAUCGGGGAUGCCGAACAACUGACCUGGUUUUUGGUGCACAAUAUUCAAACUCUUGUUAGAUUAUGUGAUGAAGAUCCUAUAUACGAAUUUUUUUCUUCCCUCCAUAGAAAUCCAUCCGCCAGUGGUCUCGUUUUACAAGCAAUAAAUGCAAAAUGUCUUCCAAUAUCAGAUAUAACAUUUAGAACCAAAACCUUAAAAUCAAUUGAAAACAUCCACCCCACGCAGGUCGGGGCAUUACUGUGCUCGUUGGUGCCCAAUUUCCUCGACUGCAGAGAAUUGACUUUAUCAAGGCUAACGGCGAACCUUGCGAGCAGAAAAAUUGAACUUCUGCUCACGAUGUCAAUGGAGGAAGUGUGCAAUCAACUGGCAAAAGAAGAUUUAAUGCGAAUUAUGGAUCUCUUGGUCGAAAGAAAAUUAGUGAAAAAGCACGAAACACUAGUCAGCUUAUUGAAUAGGUUAGCGACGCAGUAUUACGAUAUUAGCCCGUUAGAGUUCGACCAAUCUCGUGCCGUCAAUCCGGAGUACAUUAAAAACCUGCAAGUAAAUAAGGCGUGGUACAUCUCGCAGGUGAAAUCUAGGUGUAGGAGUAAUAAAAUUGAACCUGAGAUGGGAGAAGUAUUGAGUCAUUUAGAUUACGGCGAUUUACUGAACAUCAUGUCCAAUAAGGAUUUUAAUGUGAUCGUUUUAAAAGAUUGUAUUACAUGGAGUGUGAAUUUUGCGAAGGAAAAUCACAUAAAUGAGGAACCGGAUUUGUUGCGUGCGUCUAUUAAUGUAUUGAUAAAAAAUGUUGGAAAUAUCAGAAGCUUGUUACCGAAAUCUCAUCAGAUAUAUCGACCGUUUGGAAGAAAAGAGCAACCGCAAGAAUCAAAAUAUAGUCAUAGAGUUACAGAACUGUAUUCAGACAAUUUAUUUUGGAAUUUCCUAUACGACAUCAUUCCCGCUGUUACUCGUUACAUCGAUUCCUUGACCGAUGUAGUUCCAUCGAUUCCUUCUGCUAAUUUAGACGACUUCGUAAAAUUUGCCGUAGUUUGUUUAGAAUCUAUCAAUUUCAUGGUUGACUUGGAUAAGAAUAUAAAUAUUCAUUAUGUGGAUAUGGCUGUUACGUGUUCAAAAGUGAUUUUAACAAAUAGUUGCUUUCGUGAUAUUUUAGUGGACGAUAACGUUACAUCAUGGCUGUGUUCUGCUGUUAAUAGUUUAUAUAAAUUAGUAUUUAACUUAUUAUUAGGUGGUCAGCCGUUACCUGACAUUCCUAAAUAUGGAUUAUCGACUGCUUUAGAAAAUCUCGAGAAGGUUUCUAGAGCACAUGCUGUACAUCAAUUGUCUGUACUAAUUUGCUGGGUAGAAAAACACGAACUUUCAUCAAUUCCCUUCCCUAAGACAUUAUAUUGUACUAUUAAAGAUAUAAUUGUAGCAUUAGGUAGGAAACCUUUUGCAUACUCCUAUUUGUUAAUUCCACUGGGGGCGUGGAAGAAUGGUUUACAAGCACCAAAUAAUGAUACAGAGGUCCCUCCGUUACCAAUCGAAUUUCUGCAAGAAGUUGAUGUUUUGGAAGAGUUCAUAUUCAGGACAACGCUUUUGGGUUGGACCAGUAGGCAACAAUUUGAAGAGACGUGGAUGUGCUUGUUAAGUGUGUUGAAUACAAACGCUAUGGUUGAUACCGUGUUGGAAGAUGCAAAUACUAUUAUUCAUGUGACAAGCUUAUCAAUUACAGCGAUUACGACUCUGUUACUCCAAGCUGUGUCGACACCUGUCAUUGGCGAUAUAAAUAUUUCCGAGUUUGUACAUAUAUCACGUGAUGUGCCAAUUGAUAUUAAUAACACCUGCCUAACGAAACUGAAGCACGUACAUGAUAUACUACAAAACAAAUUUAAUGAACAUGCAAGAUUAUUUAAUAGUAAAUUUUCGAUAAUCAACGUUUUUAACAAAAGUAACUUGGAGAAGCUGCACCCUACAUAUUCCUUUGGGCAACUUUCCGUCGAAUAUUUGUUAAUAUCAUCUAGAAUCGUGGAAAAUGACAAUGAAAGUAGGCACGCCGCCCAGGUGUAUCAAAAGCAACAAAAUAUUUUACGCGAGAGUGGUCUCGAUUUAAAUUCGUGUCUACAGUUUUUAAUAGACCUAUACUCGCAGUGGAUUAAAGGACAGAGCACACCAUUACGCAUCCUAUACGAAGUGGUGAAAUCAAUUUUGGUUCUUUCCGACUUAUUUACGGAUCGAUUUCAAUUCGCUUGGAUGUUAGAUGUGUGUUUAGAUUUGUUAAAGGUUCACACCAUCGAAGAUGAAAUUGUACAACAAUAUUUAGUUAUUAUCGUUUGUAAAGCUGCCGCCGUUUUAACUCCUGAUAUGGACACUUACGAAAUAGUCAAGAAAUUAAUCGCACAAAAUCUCAAAAGUGGAUUUCUUCCGUCGAAAAUAGCAAGUCUGCACGGCUUGUUGUAUGUGGUACAGGGUUGUGUUCUCGGUAACACUCGAAUAGGAGGCCUUUCUGAAGAAAUGCAGCUGAUUCUUCCCAUUGCAGUUGAAUAUAUAGAAAACUACAUUCAUCUUCUUAAUGGAGUCUCAACGCAAUCGUUAGAACACACUUUGCUAGUGUGGGCAUUAGCGUUUUACUUAAUUGAAAAUAUUGAGCAAUCAUACUUUAAUCCAGAGUUUAUUAUGACAGUUAUUCAAGCAGCGAUUUCAUACAUAUCACAUCAAAAAGUGAACGCUGGGCAUGUUGCAAUUUUAAAAGGAUUGGAAAGGUUGGUGUUGAAAAGAAGCAUAUCAGAGCGACUGUGUAGUCAACUGGUAAAACUCUCUUUAGACGUUAUGAAGAACGGUCGACUGUCUUUGACAAUACCUGCAUUUCAGUUACUGCUCACUUGUAUGUAUAUGAACUUAUUAGGUGCCGCGGAGGAAAUGGAAAGUACGCAAUCUGAUGGAAUAAUACAAAGCAAUCCUGAUAACUUGGUACAAGCGAUAGAACAAAUCUCCGCAAUUUUUGAUUAUAUUAAAAAGGGAUAUUCGUUUGAAGUGGAAGUGUUAUGUGGGAUGUUACCAAACAUAUUAAAUGAUUUCUUCCCUCCGUCGGAUAUAUUAACGAAGGUCUUAGGUGAAUUUUUGUCACCACAGCAGCCUCAUCCUAAAUUAUUAAGCAGAGUAGUUUUUAAGGUUUUCCAAUCUGCCAUUGAUCGAUCUCAAUUAUUUCUAUUACAAGAUUGGGUCGUCUUCAGCCUGUCCAAUUUUACCCAAUCCUUCUCGAUUGGAAUGGCAACGUGGUGCCUAACUUGUUUCUUUAUUAGCGCCAGUAUUAACAAAUGGCUGAGAGCGUUCUUUCCGUACGUGCAAUCUAGAAUCGGUCGGUACGAGUACGAGGAUAGAAAAAUGCUGUGCAUUGCCGGAGCGGAUUUUUACAGAAAUUUAUCAAACGAUAAACAAAAGGAGGCUUUUGUCAGUACGUUUAAUAAAGUGAAAGAUAAAGCUGAUAUGCCAUUUCAUGACUUAUUAGGAUGUUUGUGAUAAUUUUAAAAUUUCAUUGUAUGUAGAUGUAUUUUGUUACUUCAGAGUUGUAUAAUAUGAAUAUUUUUAUUAUUAUGAUGUGUAAAUAUUGAUAAAUUGAACGUAAAUGUUGCAUUAAUAUUUUUGACAGUUUA